AAGGUGAAAAGUGGCCUCGGCGCUGGCGGAUGCACGAUAGCCUCGGUUGUGUAUGCAUAUGCCCCACCCACCCGUGUGUGGCACUCUUUGCUCGUGUUAUUGUGCCUGGCUCCCUCACACCACCAACACAGGUCCUCUCCUCGCCUUCUAGCUGUGAACGCUUCCCGCCACCAUGAAGGAGCCAAAGACAGGAAAAGAAAUAAGCAAGAAGUGGGCGGAACACAUCCUGAAGGAGCACAGGGCAGCCACCAACCCGCCAGCCCUCCUGCGGGUUGACACCUGCACCGUCGACAAAGAUAAAGGGGAUGGCUACAACUCUGAAGUGUUUUUCUUCACCGUGGAGACAACAGAGCAAGAGGAGUCUAGCUCACCCGAGACGAAGAAGGUGUACCAUCUGGUGGGAAAGUUCCUGAGCCAAGAGCCCCAUAGCCAAGUGAUGAACAAAAAAUUAAAGUCACACUUAAAGGAGUACUUAGUGUACACAGAGCUCAUCCCUGCUAUGAAUAACAUGCUGAAUGAAAAGGCACCUGAGGAACCAAAAAUCUCCUAUCCUGAGCUGAUCUAUGGGAAAUGCAAGGGCCAGGACUUUGUUUUAGUCAUGGAAAACUUACAGUAUGCCGGGUGUGAGAUGAAUGACAAGCGGAAAGGACUUGACGAUGAACACCUCAAGGCAGCGGUGGACCAGAUUGCACGGGUUCAUGCUCUUUCCUAUGUGCUCUGUCAGACAGCAGAUGUGAGCAAGUACUCUUGUUUCCCAUCAGUCGGUGAGCAUAUCAGUAUCUUCAUCGCCAUGAUGGGAGUAAUGGUUGACAACUGUGUCAGAUUCCUUACAUCUUUUGAGAAGACACAGGAAUUGGGAAAUAAAUUAAAAUCAUGCCAGUCUAUUUUAUUAGAAAAAUUAUCUGCCUCUGUUGUUGACGACUUCCCAAUCAAAUGCUUAGUCCAUGGCGAUUUUUGGAACAAUAACUUUAUGUUCAAAUAUGCUGCCGCUUCAGAUGAGCAGAAAAUCAUUGAAGAGGUGAAGCUCAUUGACUGGGGUAACGCUUCCUGGGGCCCCCCAGUAUUUGAUCUGCAGUACCUGGUGCACACCUCCACCACCCGCACCACCAGGAAGGACCAUCUGGACGAGGUGCUUAGCCAAUACCACGAAACCUUCAUGAGGCUCACCACUCACCUAGGGCACCCACCUGCCAACUGGAGUAUUGAACAGCUUAAGUCUGAAUGGAACAAGACUUAUUCAUAUGGUUUUCUUGUAGGUUGCACACUUACACAGGGAACUUUGAGCACAACUAAUCCUGCAAAUAAAAAAAAUGAACCUUCCGUGCUGGACAAGCCAAUGCUUUUUCCAAUCAAGUUUGUUGUGGAUGGCAUGACGAUGGGAGCAGCCAAGCUACUCUCACCUUUGCUGCUGUCUGGAGGUGGGAAAAAAUUUAUUGUGAGUUUUAUGAAAAAAAUUAUGAAGCCAAUCUUAGAGGAACUCAAAUCUGGCAAGAACGAAGCAAUGAACACAAGACUUCUCGAUUUAGUCUAUGAAGCUGAUGAGAAGGGACUCCUAACAACAUAAUGCAGUUUAGCAGGAUCUAAGCUGAGUAUAUUUAUUUCCUAAUUCAAACAGGUCUGUGGGUGACCCAUGACAGAUUACGAUUAGAGUCAUAAUGUUCAGUAGACCCUUGAAAUAACAGACAAGGAUACUAUUGAAUGACUCAUUGGGCAAGACAUAAGGGUUCAAGCCCAUAAGCCCUCACUGUCUUACCAUGUGGAAGGGUUUGAAGCAGUGUCUGUCUUGUCACUUCAUGACAUGCAUGGUCAUCUACUUAGCCAACAAAUAUUUGGCACUGUUGAAUAUCAGGAUGUCAUUCUCCUCCUAACUAUAAACAUUAUAACUUUACAUAUUUAUAUACAAUAAAAAUUGAAUUUGGA